UCCUAGAUUUUUCCCUAAACCUUCUGUACGUUGUAUGCAGUGUCAACCCUGUUUGCCUAAUGGGAGCUUUCUUGGGAUUGAACUGAAGAGAGGCUGUGAGGCAGUCAGUCGUGUACUUGGUGCCACAGAAGCGCUCCAAAGCGUCUGCUCUUCAUGUUGCUUCACUGGGACGCUAGUUCUUUUAAUGGUAAACGGAUCUACGUGGCUUAAAAUGACAUGUGCAAACCUGCACUUCACUGUGUACUAUAAGUGCUUCAUUGCUCGGAUUUCUGCAGAGUCAUAGCGCUGGAUUUGCUUCAGGUAGGUAAACUCUGUCUCGGAGUUCCCUCAGAGACUAUAAUCAAGGCCUUGCACGUUGUGGUCCAGCUCUUCCCUGUUUUCCUAAUGGGAGGAUUCUGAGGAUUGAACUGAAGAAAGGCAAGCAGUUGUACACAGGAACACUGUUCAGGUCAGUCACGCUGAGCUUCCAACUGUGUGUACUUCAUUUUAAUUCACUCGGACACCUGGUCUUUUAACGGUAAGUGGAUGUACUUCCUGUAGUGUGAUACCACUGGAUGUACUGUAGAUACAGGUAGGGAAACUAAGUCUCAGAUUUCCCUUAAAGCCCGAAAUCAAAGUUUUGCACACUGUACUCCAUGUCGUUUCGCCAAACGGGAGGAAUGACCCGAAGAGAGGCUGCGAUCCUGCGUAGAAACUCUGACUGAAGUUCAGUCAGUCACAACUGAGCUCCAAAGUGUCUCCUCUUCAUCCUAGUUCGCUCGGACACCUGUUCUUCAAACUGUAAGUGGAUCUACGUGGCUUGAAAUGCCAUUCGCUAGCCUGCACCCCUCCGCGCUGUUUAGCGUAUCCUCCGAUUGUGUCUUUCCCUCCCCCAGGGCUUCGGGUUUCUCAUAGUGUAGAUUCUCCUCUUGACAUUCUGAGCGACGUGACGUGAUGUUGUCCUCUACACAUGCUCUGCCGGGAACACAUGCUCUCCCGUGGCACAGGGAAAGUCCAUCGUGUCCGUCUAAAAGCGUCCGCUGCAGGUGGCGAUGAGAAGCGGAAUUUCGUGUGAACGACAGUAACAGACCUGACCACAGCACCAGCCCUCUGCUGCGUUCCGUCUCUCUGUCAAGGAUAUAAUCACACUAAAUAUGGCUUCCUGUUACGUUACUUCUGCUUUAGAGAACAGACUGCUUGAGCACUUUAAUCAUCUUGGUAAAGUUUGGAACCUACGAGUGCUUUUACAUCAGUGUGAGCCGAUGUUAAAAUUAAAGCUUAGUCAAUUCAGGCUUUUUUUUUUGAAGGAGAGCUGGAAAGGCCAGUAAUUACGUUUUACAGUGAUGGUGUGUGCGUGUAUGCGCCCACACUGGUUUAGAACCUAGAAUUAGAAUUACAGUUGAGUGCAAAAGUUUUGACACCCUUGGGAUAAAAUCGAAGACAUUUCAUUUACAGCAACAGCGCAGAUCUGUUUAACAGAGGUUUCUUCAUUGUUAUGAUGUUUUGAUUGUAUAUUUUAACUUUUAAUAACUUUUAAAAUGAUUAAAUAUUAUUAAACUGUUACGUUUAGUGUUACGAAUAGUGGUCUUUCAAAAUAUUUUGGACUUGCCGUUUUCUCAAUAUGUUACUUGACCUGACUUACUUGUUGAACCUGAUUGGAGCUUAAUUCUCACUUUGACUAGGAAACAUUUCCUAAAUGUUUCAAGCUCAGGCAUUUCUACACAUGUAAUAUAAACGAUAGUCAUUUGAUAACGUCACUCUUUUCACAGUACUAGGAUCAGAGGGUGACUUAAAACGAACAAACACUGCCCCCCCCUUCAUUUCUUUCUCCUCUUCCCUCUCAGCUCGUGCGAGUUCUGUAGGGAAUGCAGUGUUUUGGGGCUCUAAAUAUAGGCUUUUUUUUCUUUUCUUUUCUUUUUACUGUAGCUGACCCUUCAUGUGUCUUUAGUGUGGUCACUCCAGGCCUGUGCUAGCUCAGCACCCUCUCCAUAUACUGCAAUUAUAUGCAAAAGUAUCUGUUUUGUGUUGCGGUGUUGCCAAGUGCUCUCAUAGUCCCCGCUUUGGAAAACCAAUGCCCUACGUGUUCGUAAAAACGACACCGGAAAUGGAGUUGUCCGGCGUGUAUCGCUGUUGAGCUUGCUGAAGCUCCAGAGGUGCCAACUUCUACGGUUUAGUCGUAGCAUUUACGAAUUUGACCCCUUGCUACGGUACUCUUCUGCUUUUUCAUCUAAAGCAGCAUUCAGACCAAAUGCAAAUAAAAUUCACUCGGUGGAAGAACCAGUUCUCAGAAAGGGAAAGGAAGGCAGUUACUUGGUUUCAUGCAAACGUAAGCUUGACCUGUGAAUUUGCAGGCGUUGAUUUUGUGACUCAAUAGAAAACAAGUGGAUGGGGCUGUGGGCUCAGUGGCUGUUAGCAUGGAGCUUUCAGGUCAGACAUACGCUAGCAUUUUUCCCCCCCCUCUCUCUGCAUGCUGGGAUUUUCUCGGGAGCGCCGUUGGUGCCUCUGCAAAUCCGAUUUGUGUAGUUCAGUCUUGUUUUAGUUUCUUAAAACUGUUGGUGAUAUCUCUAAUGGACUUCUCUUCAUGUCUUUUUCCACUGGGAUCAUGAAACAAAUGAACACAUAGUCUUGUUGAUUUGUAUGCCUGAAGAGAUGAAUCGGCCCGAGGUGUUGAACCAUGCGGAGAUUCCGAACUCCGAUCCUAUGGGAUGGCUGAUGAGUAACAGCUGGAGGGCAGUGAAAGCUGACUGACGUUUUUCUAGUUCUCGUUUCAUGUCCUUAAGCUUUUUCAGCUGUGUAUAUAAUCAUCUGCUCCAGGUUAACGCCCACAGAUCGGUUACAUUAGUUGUGGUAACCUUUUUUGACAUCCCUUCUUGACCUUUUUUUUUGCCUUUGAUUAGAGAGAGAGAGAACACAUGAAGAGAUCACAGCUCUUUCGAAUGAUGACGUGAUUAGUGUGUCAGAUCCGCUGCUUAUUCAUUAUACAGUGGAUAACUUCACCUGGAUAUUAUAGACUUAAAGCUAAAACUCUUUCCACCAGCCUUCUUCCUGACUCUACAGUGUACAAUUGUAGAAGAGUAACGAUUUAUAUUCUCACUGUCCGGUGUCACCUGGAAGAGGAUGGAUUCCUUUUUGAGUCUGGUUCCUCUCAAGGUUUCUUCCUCGUGUCGUCUCAGGGAGUUUUUCCUCACCACCCCAUCACGAUUGGCUUGCUCAUUAGGAAUAAAUCUAUAUCUAUGUCCGGAUAUCUGUAAAGCUUCAAAGACUCGUCAUUUAUAGCCACCAGACGUCGAUCAUCGUCUACGUCCACUGUGGUAACGGUAUUGUGUUACUCUGCAGAUUGGAGCAAAGCUCUGAGACGCUACAUGUCCUGAUGCUUCAAUGUCUUCCUCUUUUUCUCAUCCUUACACAACUAGUGAUAUUUGUCUCAGACGUUCAUAUACAACAUGUUAGCGGAUACACUUCGGGGUUUUUUUUUCUUCUUUCUCUCCCAGUUGGGAAUAUGUACGGGUUCUGUUGAGAUGGUUGAGUCUAACAACAGUGAUCUUCUGCAUAGGAUAAGUACUCUAUAACGAACGCCUCUUGAGAGAGUGAAGGAUUGUGGGAGAGUUCAGUGAGAAAGCACAUUCUGCCAGAAAGGCAUUUUGGGUCGAGGCUGAGUGGCACCAUAUUGAUUCCCGAUCAAUGUGCCAUGUGAGCGGCUGCCGGGGUGAGGAGGAGACACACAGUGACGGAUAUUGUGUGAAAGAGACUUUGGCAGGAGCUGAAUGUUUUGGAUAGUCACAUGGCUGCCCAGUGGGCGUGAUGCCACUGGCUGUGACCCAUUUCCAUUACUGAGGUGGCGAGAACUGGGCGUAUGAGGCAAAUGUCAAACACAAUGCAGGACACAUUCAGUAGGGUUUGUUUUUUUCUUUCUAUACAGCAUAUAAAGUGUGUUUAGUGUCUGAUUCCAGUGCGAUGUUGCCAUCUGUAGUGUUUUGAUGAAGAUCUGGCAAGCGUAUUGGUGUGUAACUGUAAUGAAAACGCUGACUAGCCAGUGUUACCCUACCAUCUUUUAUGAAACGGGAAAUACGCGAGUUCGAAAGUUUGCAAGUUCGAAUCCAGACGUUGCCACAGCCAUCUGUGGCCAAGGUCCAGAGAGCAAAACUGCACUGUGGGAGGGAAGGAAGACAUUACUCUCUCUCCCCUGUCUAUCACAGUGACGUGAGCCGAUCACAGACAUCUGCGGGUUCACGUAUGCGGAAGAGGGCGGAUAGCGGUUGGUAGCUAUUGUGUGACGGGGAGAGUUAGCUAGUGGGUGGGAAUUGGCAGGUGACCAAAUUGGGGAGAAAUAUUUGGUCAAAUAAAUAACGCUAAAUCCAGUGUACAUUCAAUCUAUUUCCACCCUGUACUGUAAACGCAGUGUAGCGAGUUAAUUUGUUGGGGAUGCUACCAAAAUAGCCAACCUUGUUUAUAAGUAAAUAACAAGGUAAAACGCUCAUCACGACGUUCUUAGAAAGUAAUCAACGAUAGCGAUGUGUCCCGAUUUGAAGCGCUGUUACUCUUGCCAACGUUUUCUAACAGCACGUCCUGAAGUGUUUGCAUUUAUAUUUCUCAUAUAUAUAUGUGUACAACUUGCCAACACUAACGUUAUUUUACGUAUUAAAGAACGUGUACUUUUUACAGUUGUGUUACGCGCCCAUGAGACGUCCAUAAUUGUAAAUGAAACGUAUGUAAAUGAACCAAGAAAGAUGACACCUGGAGGAUUGUUGGUUUGUACUUUUAGCGAUUCGGGUGUUGUAGUCGUGAGUUUAUGCGUUGGCAUUAUAUUGCGAUUUAUGCUAGGUGUUGAAGUCGGUAUGUCAAUUACGCAAUCAAAGCGAAUACAUGCCGUAAACAUUUCUCUAACGUGGUACUUUUGACACGUAGUGUCACGUUGUUAUAACCCGUAGCAGGAGAAUGGAUGUGAGUGAACGUCAUGUCGGUAGGGUUUGUUAAAUUAAUUAAAAAAUAUAUAUACUCUAAUUUGUUUGGGACGUCUGAAGGCGUUAAUGGAUAAAUUCGUUAGUACCGGGAUCAGUGAUCAAUUAUUUCCAAUUCGCUGUCUGGUUAUGUGAUAGUCGGUGCUAAUGUCGCUACGAGGUUUGGAUGUGCUCAACUUUUAUUUAGUCUCUUGUUUGUCGGAUUCGGACAGGACGUCCUUGUAUUAAAACUUUCCAUGCUAAGCAAUCCUUGCACUGGACCUCGAUGGACGCCGAGGUCUCGGAGAAGACGAUGGAGUAAAUCCGAAAGGGAAGGCCAGAGAGUAAAAGUAAAAGGGUUGGGUAACUUUAGAAAAAGAUUUCUCCCCUCGAGGCAUUUUUUUUUUUUUUGGUUUUCCGUAAGCUUUAAGCUUUCGCUCGGAGAAUUCUGGACUUUCCCCUGAAGUAGAGACGAGGUGAAAACGAAAAAGGAUAUGACUGAAGAAGCCUCGUGACGUGCUUUUGAAGUGCUACUCCGCUCCAGGCGAUUCCAUCCAGCAUGUCAAUAAGUCUUACCUGUAGUACCGCCGUGCCGACAUGAUGAGCUGACGAAUUUGUUGCCACGGCAACAGGCGUCCAUGCCAACGCACUCAUCUUUCUUUGGGCGGAAUUCCAGUUAGGCAUUCAUUCGGCAGGUCUUUUCUUUCUUCCCUUGCUUUUCUUUGUCUGGUCUUUGAUGCGCGUACAGAUGUUUGCGCUCGAGGUUCUUUGUGCUUUUGUUCCGCACGCAGAAUGCGGCGUUACACCGCAUGGAACACCUACGCUGCGAACUAUUAAAGCCUUUUUAUGCACAACACAUUUGUUAUCUCGAACCCUGAACUUGCCUGAGAUUAUAUGAAGCGCGAAAGGCUUUGGCGCGCGGAGUUUUCGUGCGACGCUUAUCGCCUAGAAAUGAGCAGGAAAUCUUUCCUUUGGUAUUUCUGUGCAAACACGGUUGGCGCGCUCAUCUCUUCAGACCUGCAGAAAUCCUUUCAACGAACCGUAAAAGCCUGAAAACCUGCUCGACAAGAUCUUAAUGCCGUCCCUUCCUCUCCGACACGCGAUGGGAUAUUGACGAGGCUCGGACUGAAGCGCACACACGCACACAAUCUGCUUAGUUUUCUUCAUAUCAACUUCCAGAAUAUAUUCAUUGUUUUACUGCUUUAAAAAGCCCUCAAGGCAUCGUGAUGUCCCUCAGAUACGGCUUCAAGUUCUCGUAUUACUGUUUUUAUUUUGCACACUGCCUACUCUCAGGUUAAGAACCCAGCUUUUCCACCUUUUAAGUCUGGAGUUCUCAGGUUUCCCCUAUUGAGUGGAAUGCUGACUCUGUAAAGACAGGGUUGUCCAUAACCACUGAUAAGCUCUUCUUCGGUGAGACUUUUAACCGAGCGCCUGUGUUCUCGUUCUAUCACACGUAAAAGCGAGUCGAAAGAGAAGAGACCAGCAUGGAGGUUUAUCAAAGCAAAAGACUGCAUUGCACUCUCCAGGACUGGAGUCUGAGCGGUCCUAAACCUACCACAUAAAUAGUAUGUAUAAUGUAUUUUUUUUUCUUUUUCUUGAAGAUGUUAUAAAAUGAAAUAAAUAUUUAUUUAAUGCUCUCUCAACUGAAAAACAAAACAAAAAACAAAACAAACAAAAAAACGUCUUUAUAUCUUGCUCUGCUUUGGUGGUGAUGAUGGCUUUACCUGUAGGCAGACUUGGUGCGUGUUGAGACCCCUGCAGGUAAAGAUUGGUAUUGCAGGCAGUGGGACGUGAAUUUUAAGCCAACCAUCAGCUCUGCAAUUUUAAAUAAUCUGUAGUGUCUGUGUGUGAACUAACAUAACGAACACAGACAUUGUGUUUUUGCUGUUUAGUAAACAAUGCUAGAUAUUGUUCCUCUUUAUAGCGAUUAAUUGUGUACAGUUUUUGUUGUUUUGUUUUUGUUUCUUCAUCUUUUGCAUGUUCAUGUGGGUAAAGCUGCCACAGAGGAAGUAGUGGGUUUUUUUUUUUUGUUUAGUUUUCAAGCAUGUGAACAGCGUGAUGAGUCUCUCUUUGUCUCAGACACUGACUGUACUGCGUAGGUCAUCUCUCUGUCUCUCUCACUCUUUCUCUCUCUCCUUUACUCUUUCUCUCUCUUUGCUUAUCAGAAAUGUCGAUCUGUCUUUCACAGAGGUAACCUCACGCUACCCAAGAUCCCAGAGUCUAACAUGGCUCUCAGCGUGCUGGGAGUUUUCCUGGGAUUGCUUCUGGAAGUUUCCGCUCACGGGCCAUCCAGCGUUCCCAGGACUUCGUGGAGACGUGAAGACGUGAGCUUGGUGGAGUUCUCCGAGCCAGGCGUGUUUAACUACUCCACUCUGUUGCUGAGUGAGGAGCGAGGUGCGCUGUACGUCGGCGCCAGAGAGGCCGUCUUUCAGCUCGACCUCAGUGACGUGUCCGUCAAAAAUAACCAGGUGCUGUGGAAGGUUCCAGAUCGUGAUAUGAGAAUGUGCACCUUAAAAGGGAAAUCUAAAGAGACGGACUGUAAAAACUACAUCCGGGUUCUUCAGGUGUUGGAUGAAGAGCACCUGUAUGUGUGUGGAACCCAUGCGUUUCAGCCGCUCUGUGAUUACCUGUCUUUAAAGGACUUCACACUGAUGGGAAAGCAGGAUGACGGCAGAGGGAAGUGUUCGUUCGAUCCUACCCAGAGUUUUACCACGGUCAUGGUCGACGGCGAGCUGUACUCCGGGACGGCAUACAACUUCCUGGGCAGCGAGCCGAUCAUCUCCAGAUUCUCGCGGCCUCAGAGCCUUCUGCGUACGGAGUACUCCACAUCCUGGCUCAACGAGCCCAGCUUCGUGUUUGCAGACGUGAUCCGGGAGGGAAGCGACAGUCCAGACGGAGACGACGAUAAGAUUUACUACUUCUUCACAGAGGUCUCCGUGGAGUACGAGUUCUUCGGCAAGCUGCUGAUUCCCCGUAUAGCCCGUGUGUGCAAGGGGGAUUUGGGUGGUCAGAGAACACUGCAGAAGAAGUGGACGUCCUUCCUGAAGGCCAAGUUGGUGUGCUCCAUGCCCGAGCUCAAUUUCGUCUUCAACGUCGUCCGCGACGUGUUCGUGGUUAAAACGCCUGACUGGAGAGAAACAGUCAUCUACGGCGUCUUCACCUCCCAGUGGGGGAAUGUGGGCCUCUCUGCCGUGUGCGCGUAUAAUAUGACGUCAGUGGACGAGGUGUUCUCCAAGGGGAAGUACAUGCAGAAGGCUACGGUGGAGCAGUCCCACACCAAGUGGGUCCAAUACAACGGCGUCACCCCGUCUCCCAGACCCGGAGCGUGCAUUACCAACCAGAACCGCGGGCAGAACAUCACCAACUCCCUUCUGCUGCCUGAUAAGACGCUGCAGUUUGUAAAGGACCACCCGCUCAUGGCCGACCCCGUGCUGCCCAUCGGCCACGGGCCGCGCCUCACCGCCAAGGGCAUCAACUAUACGCAGAUCGUCGUGGAGAGAGUCACCGCCCUGGACAACAAUGUCUACGAUGUCCUCUUCACUACCACCGAUAAAGGCUUUCUGCACAAAUCCGUGGUGUAUGAAGGAGGCUCACACAUAAUCGAAGAGGUCCAGCUGCUAAAAAACCCACAGCCAAUCAAAACCCUGCUGCUCUCCACAAGAGAGGGCAGCUUCCUGUACGCGGGUUCGGACUCCGGAGUGGUCCAGUCUCCCACUGCGUUCUGCGGCAAAUACGUGACCUGCACAGACUGCAUUCUUGCCCGCGACCCAUACUGUGCCUGGGACACACACGCUGCAUCCUGUAUUAACAUUUUCCAGAAGCAGAAUAACGGACAGAACCGGGAGUUUAUUCAGAACCUGAGAGGAGAUGCAGAUGAAUGUCCAUCAGCGAGACCGCGCUCGAUAGACAGGCCCCAGCAGGUGGUGGUAAAGCCGGGCAGUUCGACGGAGCUGGAGUGCGACGUGCGCUCAAGCCUGGCACAGGUGUUCUGGAAGGUUAACGACAGUGUCCUGACCGAGUCGGCUCACUUCCUCCUGAUGGCCGGCUCUGGGCUGCUCAUCUACAGCGUAACUCCACAGAACCAGGGCCGUUACGAGUGCUGGACCGCCGAGUCCGCCGCCGGGAAGAACUUCACCCGGCUGAUGGCCUCCUACGAUCUACGACUGGAGCUUCCCGAAAUCUCACCUGUGUCCUCGGUCAAGAUCUUCAACGUCCCCAAUCCUGAUCCAUCCACAUCGCGCACCGCCAUCAGCACCACCACCACAGCGGCACCGCGAGGUAAAAUCGGCAACGGUAACACCGCAGGACCUUCUCCACUAACUCCAUCUACCCUGUCCAGUGUGCCUCCGCCCCCACUAACCCGCCCCGCUACCACGGCUAACGUCUAUGGCGCGAAAGCAGAAACCAAACAUUAUGUCCCUCCUCAGAGUAGCGAUUCACGAGAUCCAGGACCCGAGAUCAAGGAUCCUCACGCAAAGUACCUCCAGUACGACAACAGUAAAGCGCUGCUGUUCCUCUUCCUGCUCUUCUUCCUCCUGUUCCUGUUCGGCCUGGCGUAUAACUGCUACAUGCAGUACCUCCCAGUUCCGUGUCUGAGGCUCCGCGCCGCCGUGCUCGGCUCACAGAAGAAACCGCAGAACGAGUACGCAGCCUGUGAGGCGGGGUUGAUGGAAGCGCUGCCGGAAAAACGCGACCAGAACGAACCGCCGCGUCAGAACGGAGCGCUCCGAGACACGGGAUAUGAAACGGAACCGGAGUGUGGAAACGGCAAAAUUCCGUCACAUAGCUACGAAGAGGACAACGAGAGCGCCGCGAAACAAGGGCCGUUUGACGUAAACUGCGAAUCGCAACCGAUCGAGUACGCAGACGCCGACGCAUCGUAACGGACACGAGCAAAAACGAAAGAAGGGACGACUUUACCUCCGUCUUGCGUGCAUUGAAAUUAACUACAAAUUGAAACGACCAAUUUUGUUUUUCUUUCCUUUUCUUUUUUUGCGGUAUUGCUGUCUCACCUUGCUCGUGGUUGUUUUUUGUUGUUGUUUUUGUAACAAUACAAUUUUUGACAGCGUCGAUUUUUUUUUUUUUUUUUUUUUUUUUUUUUUUUUU